UGUACAUACACACACAUACACACAGAUACAUACACACACACAUACACACAGACACAUGUACAUACACAUACACAGAUACAUACACACAGACACAUGUACAUACACACACACACACACAGGUACAUACACACACAGUCCUUUAAAUAUUUGCAUAACUUCCUUACCUUCACACACAGAGCCGGGUACUGCACUCUAGGGGAGGCAGAGAGCACAGCACACACUCCUUCCUUUGCUUUCACUGCGCUCAGCUAAUGAGCAGUCUGAUGGCUUCCAGUGCAAGUGACAGAGCCAGCCUCAGCUCUGAGCCUGCUCAGCAAGACGGCCCUGGGGGCACACUUGCCCCCACCAUAAUUUCCACUCGCCAAUGCGAGUAGGCGAGUGCAAAUUUCAAGGCCUGGUCUAAGG